AUGCUGAACUGUCGUGCGUGCCUUUGGCGAUGCAUACAAGCGCUCGAUGUCCCGACCACUAAUGCGCACCGCCUGCGCCGCAAUGUGAAUCCACUUCUCGUAAAUAGCCAGCAGCGGCUGCUGUCGACCCGCAAUGUCGCACGCCAAGAAGACAAGACACUUGCUGAACUGGGCGAGGCCGGAGGACGCUCGAGAAAUGGGGAAGAUCACUUCAAGAAGUCGGCCUUUGCAGCAAAGCAAAAGAGAGCCGAGAUCUUAGCAUUGCGGCAAUCGCAUGCGCGCAGAGUCGACGAGACUCCCAAUUUGGCAAAAUUGGGCCGGCGCGACCCUCGCAUGUCAGAGAGCGACUGGAAUAGGAGGAAGAGAGAGUUGCGGCAUCUACAGGACCCUCUGGAUCUGGCGGCGUUUGUUAAGCAGGAACUGAGCAAGGACAGGGUAGAGGAGAUGCUGCAGUUGGUGCGCAUGGCCAGUCACUCGAUGCAAUGUAUCGUCAGCUGGAACCAUAUCAUUGAUCACCUUCUGGCGAAGGAGCGGGUCAAGGAUGCACUCAAAGUGUACAACGAUAUGAAAAAACGAGCGCAAUUCCCUGAUUCCUAUACGUAUACAAUCUUGCUCCGAGGCUUGUCCUUGAACGCACAUACAUCAGGUGUUCUUAGCAAUGCCCUUUCCGUAUACCACUCUCUCUCCGCGCCGAACUCGCGAGUCGAACCGUCUAUUAUACACACAAAUGCCGCCUUAAAAGUUUGUGCGCGAGCAGGCGAUAUGGAUGCACUAUGGGGCGUUGCUGGGAAGAUUGCUGAGAGUGGACCAGCCUCGGCCAACGCAAUUACCUACAUUACCAUCAUCAACGCCAUACGACAGAGUUUGUUGAUAAAUGCACCGAAAGGGGAGAGUGAAGAGGAAACUGCGGCCAGGAAAGAGCGUGGUAUCAUAGAAGCACGGCGUAUGUGGGAGGAUAUCAUUGGGAGGUGGAGAAAUGCAGAUCUGGUUAUUGACGAGGAACUGGUUUGUGCAAUGGGAAGGCUUCUGCUAGUAGGCAGCCGGCCGCGAGACUGGGAUGAUGUGCUUUCCCUGGUGGAACAGACCAUGGAUAUCCCACGACUUGUACCUCGACUGGGCACUGCGGACCGGCGGAAAGCAGGUUUCCCACACUUACGAGCCCCGAACGUACUGCCACAGUACCGCGUCGACGAUGAGCACCUUUCGCCAGACAACAUUCCUGCGCGUGGAGACGAAUUCCUUCCUCUGAAACCCAAGGGCGCCCUGCCACAUUCUCUUGCAUUUGUUCGACCAGGCAACAAUACCCUCUCCAUCAUUCAGGAAGCUUGCCAGAAGAUUGUUGCGAAUAAGGCCGCACAAGAGUAUUGGGAUCUUUUGACCGACCCCAGGACCUACAAGAUCGUGCCGGAUCGCAACAAUCUACACAUGCGCUUGCGAAACCUUCGCCUGAAUCGUGCUUCUGCUGAUGCCGUUCAACUGUUACAAGAAGAUAUGAUUGGAAAGAAUAUCGCGCCUCGACCUGGCACGUUUAGGAUCGCUAUGAGUACUUGUGUCCGCGACAAGAACAACCAUAACUCUCUCAAACAUGCCGGUCGGAUUCUGAAUAUGAUGUUCAAGACCUUGGAGGAUGCAGACCCGAAGACCAUCACCAUGUAUGCGGAGCUCGCAACCAGUUUUCCUCUUGCUAAGGGCUCGGAUUUGGUGAACGCACUUACUAUUCUCGAUCCUAUCGCCAAGAACAUUCGCCUUCAGUUGGGCGUUGGUGGGAGAGAAAGGAGAUACAGGAGGGUUGCGGGCCCCCAGUAUUUAGAAGGCGAGCAGAGGCAAGAUGCAAUCACAGCAUUGAGGAAGAUCCAUGGUGUGUACGACAAGUUGCUAUUUAGCAACCUGAUUGCCGAGGAGAUGAAGGCUCCGUUCAAGGCUGAGCGAGCACGGCUGUCUGCUUUUAUUCAGAGGAUAUUGUUCCAGGAUGGGCAUUCCAGAUCGAAGGGGAAUGUCGAGGAAACGACCCCAUCUGAAGAAGAGGAUUCACGUGAGAAUCUCCAGGGAGAGUCAGAUCAAGGAGAGUUUCAAGAAGGAGAGAAAGAAGAUAGCAGACCGGAGUGGAAGAAGCAAUGGAUGGGGCAAAUAGAGAGGCCGGUGCGGCGAAAGAUGAGAGUCUCGUCGGCUACGACGGACAUGUAA